CUACUGCAUUGAUUGCAAUUUGGCUUGUUUAUGCGCAAGCUAAACUUUUUUCAUUUAAAUCUUUAGGUGUAGUACUGCUAUUGGCUUUUCUCUGUUAGGUUGAAAGAAUGACAGAAUAUAUUAAAUAUAUAUAGAGACGUAUAUUUUAUAUUCUCCUGUGGCAUUAUUUUAUUAUCUUUAAUAUUAUAAAAUAAAAAAAUCUAUACAGUGUGAGAGGAAAAUUCAAAAUGCCUUAAUUCUACUUCAAAUGCAUAUUUACAAAAUGAGGAAUUUAUAUUUUGGUGAGGCCUAGGCAAAAAGCCUUACAGGUCCUAGAAAUGCCCCAUGUGGUCAACAAUAAUUGAAUAAUCAAACACUCUAGUUUGUAUAAGAAAAUGGUAAACAAACGGUUAAAGUAAUGGGAUUUUUUUUUUUGGUAAAUGGUUAAAGUAAUGGGAUUGGUAAAACAUACUCGAACCAAAUGAAUUGUAGACCUCAAGAUUACAAAAACAAAAACCCAAAAAAAAUAAUAAAUAAAUAAAAUAAAUAAAUACAUAAAUAAAUAAAUAAAGGAAAAGAAAAAGAAUUUUAGGCCCGAUGAGUAACAGAGAAACAUUAGGAAAUAAAAGCCAACUAGUCAAGACUCUACCUAUAUCCACUCUUGGCCAAGCAAAAUGCUUCUCUUCCCCUCACUUGAACAGGGUCUACAUUCCAAUGUGGUUCCACUUGUUAGUGAUUCCUCAGCUCUUUCUAUCUUAAACGUGUGGCUAAUCUUUUAUUAGUCACAUUUUCAAUGUGGGAUAAAUAAAUAGAAGAGUUGAAUGGUAAAGUCACAAGUAAUCGUUUUUCUUUCUUUUCUUCUUCAAUUUUAAAAGGAAGUUAAGAAAAACUAGGGGGAAAAAAAAUAUGCAUCAUUUAGCAGUGAAAAGCAAUCUUGUUGAUUCUGAUUCUGGGGUAGACAGGCUUAAUUCUGGUACCAAUUUCCUUCAGCCUCUCUGCCCAAAGCCCCGCCGACUUGGACCCGCCAUACCUGAAUUCCUCAAGCCUCUUAGAUGCACCAAACACAGCCAAGCAAACACUGAUGGAAGAAAUGGGAUUUUGAAUAUUAUCACUGAAAAGAAUAGUGAAGGAAGGGAAUGUAUAUGCAACUGGUGCUCACCGCCAGCAUGUUACUCAGGAUCUCCACCAGGAAGAACAGAUAAUCCAUUGGUUCAUGACGUCCAAUUUAUGAAUCAAAUGGAACAUCUUUCGCCAUUUUCGAGAACCAAGCUCUCCGAUAAAUUCGGCUUCACCUCUGCCUCUGCAAUUUGAAGCUUGUUGAAAGCAAAUGAUAGUGUUCCUGAAAAUGAGACUCCUUGUACCGGGAAAAUACCAUUUUCCUUUUUUUUUAUAAAAAAAAAAAAGAGAUUUAAAUUGUAUAUAUGAUGAAAGUAAUGGAUUCAGAUUUUAUCUUUGUACAUAUUUUAUUAUUAUUGGGAAGCUGUGACAAGAAAGGGCUACUAUUUAUCAAAUUAAUGUGUGGGGUAUUCCAAUUGAUGGAUAUUUGUCUUUUG